UCGGUACACUUCCUUUCUCUGGGUGUCAGGCAGUCUGAGAAAAACUCAACUGUAGGUCAAACUUGAGAUACUUUCUUUUAAAUGCGCUCCAAAGAGUUAAUCUGAAAGAGUUUUGGGCCGGAAAUCUGGUGGGUGUGAGAGCGUAGUGAAGAAACGGGACGGGGGAAGCAUACUUGAGAAGUAGGGAGCUUUUCUAAUGAGCCGCGCAAAAAGUUAGACAGUAAGUUGGAUCUGAACAGGAAUAAGAAAACUUGAAGAUUUUAAGGAUGACUGAGAAAGAGUUGGUGAUUGACGACAUCAUAACAGAUGCAAUGGCCACUCCAUCUCCAGCCAAGAGUAUGGGCGACCCAGGCAUCACGCCACUUUCCCCCACACACAUACUGAAGGACUCCGAAGAGGAUGAGCCUACGAGACACCCCUAUGUGGUGGUGGUGGCCAUCGACUUUGGCACCACCUCCAGUGGCUACGCAUACGCCUUCACUAAAGAGCCAGAGUGCAUUCACACUAUGAGGCGCUGGGAGGGUGGGGACCCAGGUGUGUCCAAUCAGAAGACGCCCACCACCAUUCUAUUGACCCCAGACAGGAAGUUCCACAGUUUUGGUUAUGCAGCCCGAGAUUUUUACCACGACCUGGAUCCCACCGAGUCUAAGCAAUGGCUCUACCUGGAGAAGUUUAAGAUGAAACUACACACCACUGCAAAUCUGUCCAUCGAUACGGAUUUAAAUGCGGCCAAUGGGAAAAAGGUGAAAGCUCUGGAUAUUUUUGCUUAUGCUCUGGCCUUCUUUAAGGAGCAGGCUCUUAAGGAGCUGAGUGACCAAGCAGGAGCAGAUUUUGAUAAUGCUGACGUCAGAUGGGUCAUCACAGUACCAGCCAUCUGGAAAAUGCCGGCGAAGCAGUUUAUGAGAGAGGCAGCAUAUAAGGCUGGUCUGGUUUCUCGUGACAACCCUGAUCAGCUGAUCAUUGCUCUGGAACCAGAGGCUGCAUCCAUUUACUGCAGAAAGCUGCGUCUCCACCAAAUGGUUGAUUUGGGCAACAAAACGGCCCUGAACGGUUACAGCCCAACUGAGAAUGUUGGAGGGGGAAUGACACAGGCCAAGGAGCAUGUGCGCCGUAACCGACAGAGCCGCACCUUUCUGGUGGAGAAUGUCAUAGGAGAGCUCUGGUCUGAACUCGCUGAAGGUGAUCGUUAUGUAGUCGUGGAUUGUGGAGGAGGGACUGUGGAUCUUACUGUGCAUCAGAUCCGCAUGCCGGAAGGACACUUGAAGGAGCUUUACAAAGCUUCAGGAGGCCCGUAUGGCUCUAUUGGUAUAGAUUAUGAAUUUGAGAAGCUCCUGUGUAAGAUAUUCGGACAGGAUUUCAUCGAUCAGUUUAAGAUUAAGCGUCCGGCUGCCUGGGUGGAUCUGAUGAUCGCGUUUGAGUCUCGUAAGAGGGCGGCGGCUCCUGACCGAAGCAACCCAUUGAAUAUUAAUCUUCCCUUCUCUUUCAUCGACUACUACAAGAAAUUCAGAGGGCACAGUGUAGAGCAUGCGCUGAGGAAGAGCAAUGUUGACUUUGUGAAGUGGUCUUCACAGGGCAUGCUGAGGAUGAGCCCAGAUGCAAUGAAUGCACUGUUCAAACCAACUAUAGACCACAUUAUACAGCACCUGACUGAGUUAUUUGAUAGACCAGAGGUGACAGACAUCAAGUUCCUUUUCCUGGUGGGAGGAUUCGCAGAGUCUCCGCUGCUCCAGCAGGCUGUUCAGAACAUGCUCCAGGGCCGCAGCCGAAUUAUUAUUCCGCAUGACGUGGGUUUGACCAUCCUCAAGGGGGCGGUGUUGUUCGGCCUGGAUCCCAGCGUCAUAAAGGUGCGCCGCUCUCCGCUCACCUACGGUGUGGGCGUCCUGAACCGCUUCAUAGAAGGAAAGCACCCACCUGAGAAGAUGCUCGUGAAGGACGGUACGCGCUGGUGCACCGACGUCUUCGAUACAUUCAUCUCUGCCGAUCAGUCAGUGGCACUGGGUGAAACGGUAAAGCGUAGCUACACGCCGGCGAAGCCGUCGCAACAGGUGAUCGUCAUUCACGUAUACUGCUCAGAAAAAGAGUCGGUCAGUUUCAUCACGGACCCAGGCGUGAGGAAGUGCGGUACGCUGAAGCUGGAUGUGAGCGGUACUGAGAGUCCAGCGGCACGAAGAGAGAUCCAGACGCUCAUGCAGUUCGGAGACACUGAGAUAAGAGCCAUGGCUGUCGACGUGGCGACCUCUCGCAGUGUCAAAGCUAGCAUCGAUUUCCUUAGUCAGUAGAGGAAGAUGAGGGAUGAGUAAACCACACACUGCAGAAACUCGUUUUAGUUAUGUUUUCCAGUAAAAAUAUCCAAACAUCCUUAAAACAACUUUAAUUUAAAAAAAAGUAUGUAUUAUGUAUUAAAAGUGUUACGCAUUCCACAAAAAUGUUAUGCUGCACAACUGCUUUUAAAACUGCUAAAAAACAAUAAAUGUAUCUUAAGCACCAAAAUAGCAUAUUCAAAAGAUUUUUGAGGAAUCAUGUGACAUGAAAGACUAGUAAUGGCUGCUGAAUUCAGCUUAUUCACAGGAAUAAAUUACAUGUUAAAAUAUAAAUACUACAACAGAAAUGUAAUAAUAUUACUGUUUUACUGUGUUUUUUUUACAUAACUGCAGCCUUGGUGAACAUAAGGGACGUCUUUCGAAAAAACAUGAAAAACUCUUAAACUGAAAAACCCUAAACUUUUCAACAGUAGUGUACUGAAUUGCAUUUAUUUACAAAUAGUUUUAUUUUCUUGUUACUUAAAACGCUAAACUGUAGAUUUAUGCUUAAAACAUUAAGAAAAAACGAUUGGGCAAGAAAUUCAAGAUGUAUUCUUUAAAAUGGUCUUAAUAUCUUAUGCAAUUUUUUUCCUCAACUAAAUAUUUAAAGUUUAAGGAUGUUUAGAUGUUUAGACUGGAAAAUGAGACAAAAUGCUGAUUUAAAAAUUAUUUUGCAGUGUAGAAGGAUAGAGGAAAGCAAGACUAAACUAAAAACAGAGAAUGAAUGAGAAAUUAAGGUUUGGGGUCUCAACUAAUAUACCAUGUUUGCCCACCUUCCAUGUGACAUUUGCUUGAAUAGUUGUGCCAUUCAUGUUGUUUUAUUUGGUUACUUCAUUUUACAGAUUCACAACUGGACUCAGCUUAAGAUAAAAUGUGGCCAAGUUGAGUUUAUUUUCAUUCAGGCUCAGUCCAUUAUUCUCUGUAUGCUUCUAUUAUAGUCUGUUUGUGGUCUUAGUGGCUAUUUUCUGCACAGAGAUGCAAAUUCUGCAUGGAUAGAGCCGAAAUACAGCUGCAUAUUGCUAGUAGUGCAAUUUGGGAUAGCAUCCUAUAAUAACUUAGCAAGACAAGUUCAGGUUAAGGCAGCUACGGUAGUCUUAAACACAUCAUGGUAGAAAUAUAACAUCGUUCUCUUACAAAACAUACUGCUUUGCUCUUGAACUCUGGUUUAUUACCUCCAAGGCCCAGUCCAGAACCAGUUCAUUUAUUUAGGAUAUGAUGAGGAGGUAAAUAGAUGGUUUUGGCUACUGGACUGGUGGCCUGAGUCUGAAACACAAACUCAGUAUGUUCUUCAUCUCAAACAUUUAAGACUAACUUUGAGAAAGGUACCGAAACCUGAGCUACACAUCACAAAGGUGCUGAUUCCUGUGACAAAAUACCGUCAGUUUGUUACACUAGUGCUACAGGACUACAAGGCAAAAUCCUUUUAUUUUAUUUUUUUGUUUGUGUUGUUCUUGCGUCUCAUUUUUGUCUGUUUCUUUUUUUGUACGUCAAGGCAUUUUACUGAGUUCUUUGGCAGGAGAUUGAGUGCGCGAUUUUCGUUUGUCGCAAAAUUUAGCUAAUCUUCAUAUUGUUGGUCAGUACGUUGCUCUAAGCAGAAUGAGAAUGCGUAAAUCCUAGAAUGUGAAUCUUAAUCAUCAUUUGAAGUGGCAGUGACAGAGAAGCUGCUAGCUGUACCUGCAACAUGAUUUGAAACGAUAGCCAUUGCUAUAUGCUAGUUGCCUUUAAUCCUGCUCCUUAGAAAGAGAAGCCACUGUUUUUUUUUUUCUGUUUUUUUCUGUUUUUAUUUUCUAUUUUUAUUUAGGAGAUUAUUUUGGAGAAUAUGUGACAAAUGAAAAUGUUUAUUUCUGUAUAUACAGUAUUUAAAGAUAUUGUACAGAUUUUUAGCGUUGUUUUAGCAUUAGCGGCUUUAUGAGCAGUGUGUGUAUGCUGGCCUUAAGAGCACACAUUCUUUCUUCCACUCUCACCAGCCUUCAUAUGGAUAUAUAAUUCAGAUAUUACCCUAAUCAAAACCCAAACAUAACCCCAAGAACUAAAACGUAAUCCCAUUCCCACAGCCAUAACCCCAACCUACACCCCUAUGUAGACCAAAAUAUCCCAUUUGAAACUUGCGCUAUGUUCAUACUGUCAGUUUUUGGAAUUGUCAGCUGCAGUUACUUAAAGUCUUGAAAUGUCCCAUUCACACAGAACUUACAGUUGCGUCUCGAAUACUGUCUUGUAUGUGCAACGGAAGGCAAGCACGUAUAGAUGGUUUGCACUUACAGUUUGGUCAGUUACCUGGAUGCGUGGCCAUAUUAGAGAUACUCGGAUGUAAACAACAGCACUGUUAUUGUACUACUGAAUCUGUUGUUCUGCUCAUUUAUGCUGUAUAAACCACAGAAAAAAUGUGUGGAAGCUGCUAAAUCAUAUAGAGGACUUAGUAAGCAGCAAAGGGUGCAAUAUUUUGACAAACGAAAGUUAAUAGGUGGUAAAGAUACGUACGAGCAGUACGAGCAGUAUUAUUAAAGAUAUUAGCCUAAUUUUUCACCUACCUGACCAUAAAGAACAAGCACCAAUGUUGUUGCUCUGGAAUCCUAGUUCAGUUUGGCCAACCACAAACACCUACUGUUCCUCAGACAGUUUUUUGCACUCUUCUCCUUGAUUUGUUGUAACUUUUAGCAGUCUGUAGUACUCCAAAUGUUUUCCCUGGUAAGACCGAUUAGUGCAGCCCAAAACAUGACAGUAAUUGACCAUUUUCAGCAGCAAUUAUCAGCAAAAUUUGUGAGUUCCGUUCGGUUCUGUGGUAAUGUUUACGUUUGUGCCGCCAAUAUGACCGAUUGAUGAAGCGUCGUGAAAACACUUUAUUCCUUACCAAUAACCAUAGCGCCAGUGACCAAAGUGAUAUCAAAGAUGACAACGUUCUUAGAACUUAAAGUUCUGUCACUUUUUGGCACGACAAGAGUCCAGUCGAGCCGCGAGUUCAAAUCUUCAUUAACCGACAACAGCUUUUGGGUGGACAGCGAAGCAUUUGAGUCACGCACACAACCACAAACUGACGGGAACGGCUCCGGUAGAGAAAAAACUGUCUGGAUCUAAAGCUUUCAGGUGACACAGCUCAUUUCUCCAUCACUAUAAGAUACUAAAACCUCAUAUGAAAACACGAGACACGCGUUUGUGCAGCAGAGUCUCUCUCACAAUGUAUGAUUUGACAGAAAACUAGUUUCAAGUCUCGUUCCCUGCGGAUGAGUCCUGAAAAUUUACAGGUGUGCUUUUGGUUACAGAAUGCAGUUUUCACGACGCGUCAUCAGUUGGCCAUAUUGGCCGUUCAGAAAUAAACAAACUCACUUAACCGAAAAGAACUCUCAAAUUUAGCUUACUGCUGCUGAAAUUGGUCAAUUACUGUCAUGUUUUGGGCUGGAAUAAUCGGUCGGACAGAGAAAAACAUUUGUAGUGCUACAGACCUCCAAAAAUGAUAACAAAUCAAUUAGAAAGUGCAAAAGACUGAGGAAAGGUGUUUGUGGUCGACCAAACUUAAUCAGGAUAUCCAGGGCAAGAAUCUUGACAUUUGUGUUUGUUCUUAUCAUUUCUGGUCAGGUAGGUGAAAUAUUAGGCUAAUAUCUUAAUUAAUACUGCUUGUAUAUAUCUUUACCACCUGUUAACUUUAGUUUGUCAAAACAUGAUGCACUCUCCUGCUUACUAAGACCUUAACUAUAUGAUUUAGCAGCUUCCACAUGUUUUUUUCCUAUAAAUUAGCAGAACAACAUAUUCAGUAGCACAUUAACACGUUGUUUACAUUCAAGCAUCUCCAAUAUGGCCACGCAUCCGGGUAACUGAACAAACCAUGACAUAAGUGCAAACCCUCUAUACAGCAUUGACAACCACUGUGUGAACAUAGCUUAAUCUAAUUCCCAUUUUUCAAUUCUCAAAUGCAUUUGUGUGAAAUGCCUUUGUUGCUCUAUUUUUAGAAACUACUGCAAAGAUCACAAGACUUGAAAACCUUUGACCUUAACAACUUUGCUCGCAGUUGUCAUUUGAAAUGAGAACUUUGUGGUAUAUUUUGAUUUGGGAAAUGAGGUGACUAAUAGUUUGUGGUGUGUAUGUGGUCUGUAGAUGAUACCACAAAUGAAAGGCGAUAGUCGUGCAUUUGGUUUGGAAGAUAUUGAGAUAAAUGCGACACUAAAAAAUGAAAGCAAUAAAGGUAUUGCGAUGUGACGUUCCACAUUUUAUUCCCACUUACUCCAUCGUGCUAUUCUGCCAAUGUGAAGUUCGUGUGUCAAAGCUUCAGCUGCGAAAUUAUACUGUUGCUAUGGAAAUGUAUUAAUCAACCAUUUUAGAUCAUUGAGGUAAUAACCAAACAUUUUUAUCACUUGAAAGUCAGCAUGCAACUCAACUAUGGCAUCUGUCUAGCAAUUGCUUUUCCAUAGAUUUGCACAGCAAUACAAGAAGCGCCAAAUAGUUCUUGCACAGGACAAUUAAAUUUUGUGAUAAUAGCACAGAUCAUGAAUCAAAAGUUUCCCUCUAAAUACAUAAACCAUUCAAAGCAUCAAGGUGACCAGAGAUUGUGAAUAAAAUAUCAUCAAAAAUAAUAUCAUGAAAAAAAAUGCUAAAGCUUAUCAUUGUAAUCUGGAUUUGCUGCUCAUGUGAUUGUUAAUUGCAAAAAUUGCAUAUGCUCUGCACGAUUCGCAUGAGUGACCAACAAAUGAGAUUUUUGUUCAUUUAAAUAUUCUACUUAAAUUUCUGGACAGUAAAACCCAAGCUACCACAGAUCAUGCUCUCAUUGGCUAUGCAAGGCAGUAGAAGCAGGAAGUGAUGUCAUCACAUGUGAUAUGUGUGCAUGCACUUGUAGGGCAGACAUACACCUUUACAAAUGUGCAGAUUUUAAAGUAAGCACACCUUUUUAGCUUUGAGAGUAUCGAUGGUGUGGAUGUUAAAAAUAAUCUUUUUGUUUUGCUGGUUUAAACUUUUGCUUUUGUUCUUCACCUUUUUGCACCAUAUCUGUUCAUGGGCAGCUUUGCUGUUUUGUUUUUUAUUGAUAACACAAUGUAUAGCCUCUUUAUAAAAUGUAGUUAUUGCUAUGCUUAUAUAAGCACAUAAAGAGCACUAUUCAUUUGUUAACUUGUUUUCAGUUUCAUUUUCAUCACUCUGUUUGAAAUAUUAAGAUGUUUAUUCCUGUAGAGGGACAUUUGCUAAUAAUUCACUGUGAAUUUGAUUUUGAAUGGCUUUUCAGCAUUAUUUUAUUUAACUGGUUUUAGCUAAAAGACAAUAAACCAGUUCAUAUGGUUUGAAAAAAAAAAAAAAAAAACUGAGAAGAAUUUCACUGUUUGCUAGAGUCUGUGCUUUAAAUGCUUGAAAGUCACUUAGUCAUUCACUUAGAUCCAAGAUGGCUGCUCGGCUCUAGAGCUGACGUGGACUUUCACUCACUGUGUAAGCUCACAAACUAUACCUACUGGGUUGUUUUUAGUCAAUGAAUACAUUGUCACUGCUCUUGCCAUAUGCACAUCCAAAAAGAUUUGCAACUGUAUUUCAAUCAAUGCCAAGUACUAACAGCCAAACUGUCACUCAAUAAAAAAUGUGUAUUUCAAAAUA